CUUGGCAGAGGUUUUCUGAUCACGAAAACUUUUGUCUAUCCGUUCGUUCGAGGAAGAAUGAGUCAUGGUCAUACUAGUUUGUGGGCGAACGCAAACCUGGUGAGGGCGACAAGAGUGAGCCAAUUCAAGAACUAUAACAACGUACAUGUCACUUCCACCGCUUGGCACUGCCGCUGCUUCGUUGCCCAUCAUCAUCCUCUUGAUCUUGUGGUCCAGGACGAUCUCCACUCCUUCUUGCAGAUUCUUCCGCAUGAUUUACAUGACCAUCUCCUCAAUGAAUCCAAGAGAUCUCAACUCUUAGAGGUCAUAUUGGAUUUAGGUCGUUUUCCGGAAGCACGAUAUCUUGGUGAACCUAGGGGUCAAUAUCUGAGGGGAACUGUGGUAUCACUGCAAGAGUUGGAGCAUGCUCAAAAUGAAGUUGGAGAUUUUGGAGGGGACAAUAGAGCUGGCAUUGAGGGUACGUUGCAUAGAAUAUCCGCUAUUAGGAGUAGGAAUGGAAUGAUAGUUGGAUUGACUUGCCGAGUCGGAAGGGCAAUCAGUGGUCACAUUGACAUGGUUAAUGAUCUGCUUCAAUAUGGGAAGAGCAUCUUGUUUGUUGGAAAGCCUGGGGUCGGCAAGACCACUGUUUUGCGAGAAAUUGCUCGUGUUUUGUCAGAUGAAUUUCACAAAAGAGUGGUUAUUGUGGAUACAAGCAAUGAAAUAGCAGGGGAUGGAAAUAUUCCACAUGCAUCAAUAGGAGGUGCACGAAGAAUGCAGGUAGCAGAACCAUCCUUGCAACACAAAGUCAUGAUAGAGGCUGUGGAGAAUCACAUGCCUGAGGUCAUCAUUGUUGAUGAGAUUGGCACGGAAACUGAAGCUCUUGCAUGUCGCUCAAUUGCUCAGAGAGGUGUCAUGCUUAUUGCUACUGCUCAUGGACAGCAGCUUGAGAAUAUAAUGAAGAAUCCUACUCUAUCUGACCUGAUUGGAGGAGUAGAAACUGUUACUUUGGGGGAUGAUGAAGCCAAAGCUAGAAAAUGCCAGAAAACCAUUCUUGAGAGGCAAGCGCCUCCAACAUUUGAAUUCCUGAUUGAGAUGAGACACAGACACUAUUGGGUUACCCAUCAGACAGAAAAGAGUGUAGAUAUAUUGCUUCGUGGCAAAAGUCCACAGGUUGAGGUCAGGACAAGGGAUGAUAAUUUGAAGGUUGUAAUUGAAAGAUCAAAGGCAUAUCAUAAAUGUGAUGCUUAAUUUUCGUCAGCCCUUUAUGGGCUUCAUUUUCCUGAGAUUUAACAAAACUCAACUUGGGGAAACCCUUUGUAUUGCUUUUCAUAAGGCAAUGAUAGUUUGCAUUAGCCAAAGAGAAGUAUGGGAAGGAAAAGAACGAAGAAGCCAGAAGGCAGAUGGUGUGGUUUUAUCGUGCAGUCAAGCUGCAACUGGAGGGCAUUAUUAAUGGAUAGGGAAGCUCUCGACGAUACACAUUUUCAUAUAGAAAUUAUGAUAAUAUCAUUUCUAUUUAUUGUCAAAGCCUAAUUAUAAACUUUUAGUUUAACUUACUUUACUGUUCGUAAUAUCAUUGUAUCUGUAUGUGUAAUAUAUUGUUUUGAAUUCAAGAAUGUGGCACUGUAGUAAUUAACUGAUUGGCGCAUUUUAUGUGAAGUUAUUAAUGAUAAUUCCUAUUUUUAUC